AAUAAUGGACCCGCAGCAUGCCGCCUGCUAUUCCCAAGCCCAAGUGGAGCUGCGUGAGCUAUUCCAUGAACUUGAAUGUAAUGGACAAGUGAGCGCAACUGAGUUGCAGCAGUCGCUGAUCCCAUUCACAGCUGGGGACGUCAAGCGUGACCUAUUGCAGCUACUGGCCGAUCUUAAGAGGAAGCGUCAGAGUCUCGACGAGCACGAAUUUCUGCGCGUAAUGUGGCGUAAAAUGUACCUCGGUAGUGCAAUUGACGCCACGAAGAGUGGCGUAGCAGGAGAGCAUAAUAUACCCAUUAACGUCUCGCUUGCGCACGUCAUCGUGUCCGUCAAGCGCCGUCAGCAACUCCGACAGUUCGCCAGCUACUACGCGAGUCGCGGCAUCUCCGGGGCUGAUCACCUAACAUCGCCGUCGAAAGGAGCUUCGUCAGUGGGAGUUAUCCAUGUACCACCUAAGGGGCCACCAUUGCAAUCACGGAGCCACAAGGAGCUCUCGUCAUCUCUGCAACAAGCAGAACAAAUGGUUCAGCCAUCGACAAUGUUUCAGACUGAUAGCAGUUCGUUAUUAUCGAUUGCGGCGCUGCGUCGACGGGUUUCGCCAUGUUACGAUGUGAUUGUGAGUGUAUAUAAUGCGGAUCUGCUCCAGAUGCAGACACGUACGCUGCUAGCUCGGACUCGUAGUGCUGAAGUGCGCAACUGCUCGCGACUCUAUUGUCUGCUGUUCACCAAAGAAGCGGGAAGCUUUGUAUUGGGAAGCAUAUAUUUUGGAGAAAAUGCAAAGCGCAACCACCAAAAUGAGAAGGAUGAGUAUGGUAUCCUCGCGGAAUCUGAAAACGAUUUGAAUCGCACCUUUUCCUGGAGCGAUAGAGAUGAUCAAGGCCUACUAAUGGUUCGCAUGGAAGAGGUGGGGUUGCGAAAUGUCGUUGUAGUGGCUUCGAAUAGGACGUCUUUUGCCGCGAGUACGGGUCGCAAGUUGCAUCAGUGGAGGGCUCCAGAAGCCUAUCGAGUUCUGGAAGAUGCCAAUUCCGAGCCCUUACAGCACCAGCAAGUGGAUUUCACGGAUGAAAACGACGACCAGAUAGCCGAGACAGCAACUGGUGUCCGAAUGCUAGAUACGGAUCCAAUGGGCGAUUGCUUUGGUUUGCUGGGUGGGAAGCCGCUUCUUGCCCGUACCAAAACCAUCACUGAUGUUGUGGAUCUUCGUCAGAUCGCUGCAGGUGAGCAUUUCUUCAUGGCAAUCUCUUCGUCAGGUGAACUCUACAGCUGGGAAUCGUCUUCCUUGUCAUCGACAGCACCUCAGUUAGGGCGAGGUUGUGGCACGCCUGAACGAGUGCCCUGGUUUUCUUCGCCUGAGAAAGUAUUCCGCGUGGCAUGCGGUCUUUACCACUCGUUAGUUCUCGCCAGUAGCGGGAUAUAUGCCUGGGGCUCUAACAUCUACGGACAGCUCGGACUGGGAUCUCACUGUUCUCCCGCUGAUCCACACACUUUAGAACCCUCACCAGUGUGUAUUCCUGCUGAUUGCAUGCCAGUGCUAGACAUCGCGUGUGGGGAUAUGCAUUCCGUUGUGUUAACCGCAGUAGGCCAAGUGUUCACUUUCGGUUGCAACUGGGAGGGUCAACUAGGGAUUGACGAACAGUCAAAUGCCAAGAUCACUGAUGUUGUAGCCACGGGGUGUGCAUACGAACCAUUGCCAGUGUGUUUGUCACAGGAACGUGAUAAUGAUACGAGAGUAUAUUUGAUCACUGCUGGUCCACAGACGACAGCAGUUGUCGCCACAACGGGACAAGCUUUUCAGUGGGGUAAAUGCGUUCCCAGCGGGGUUGAUGGAGUGUGUGGACGAGUUAGUCGCUGGCUGCCUCAGGAUCUCAAGGCUGUCAGCGAAUAUGACUGCACAAUGGGGCCUAUUUGGAAUAGUAUCGCCAUUGCGGACGGCUUGAUGCUUCUUACUCGUCAUGCUUCUGCGAGCAGCUCCGUAUCGGAGAACCCGGCAACACUCCAGUGACAACGACACUCGAUAAUUAGACUUUUGUGCAGAACGUAAAACUUUCGGGCCUGCGUAUGCGGGUCAUGGCAUUUACCUUACCAGGUAUAUUGUGAGAACUUUGAACAUCUCCAACUCUGUAAAGGGUACUGUAGUUUUUAGGGUAGAUCUGCUGGAAACUGGAUUCCAGUGGGAUACCUUCAAAUACACAUGAAGAUGCCAGCAAACAAGCUGGCAAAAUGGCGGUAC